UACUGUUAGAUAACAGAUGAAUGAUUGGUUUAAAAAUGUCGCCAACUUUGCCAAUUUUGAUUUUGUGUUUUUCAAUUUCACAUGCGUCAUGGUGGCACCCACAUCCGCACAUGGCCUGGAACGAUGUGAUUAAUGAACCUCACAUCAACACUGGUGUUCAUGGAGAAAUGUUUGUCGUCGAUUUGUUUGAAGUGCAUACAAAAAUCAUUGAUGAUCUCCACAGGAAAGGGAAGAGGGUGAUAUGUUACUUUUCCGCUGGAACAAAAGAAGAAAGGCGGCCUGAUUCCACCGACUUCCCAUCCGAUGGACUUGGGCUUUCUAAUGAAGAUCGACCCGGCGACACAUGGGUUGAUAUAAAAAAUAGUCAUGUAAGACGUAUAAUGAGGGAUCGAUUUGAAUACGCACAAUCUCGCAAUUGUGAUGGUGUAUAUCCAGAUAAUGUUGAUGGAUGGGUUGAGAAUCAAGCAGGACUUCAUUUGACACCAGAUGAUCAAUUGGACUAUAACAGAUAUUUAGCAAUAGAGGCACACGGAUAUGGUAUGGCUAUCGGACUGAAGAACGAUGUAAGCCAACUUGAUGACCUUAUAGACGCUUUUGACUUUGCCAUUAACGAAUCAUGUAUGGAUUUUGACGAUUGUAACCAGUACAAACCAUUUUUUGAUGCUAAUAAGCCGGUGUUCCACAUCCAAUACGUGAAUUCUACAACAGAGGGUCACGCGAAGCAAGAUGAGAUAUGCUCAUCGUCAAAACGUCCUCAUGACAUGAAUACUUUAAUUAAGCAUGGGAUGGUAAACUGGAAAAUUGGUUGUUAAUUUUUUCUCAGUAAAAAAUAUCUUCCUGAUGUGUUUGUAUUUAU